CAAAAAGGAGCGUAAUGGGCCUGAUGCGGUAAAUUCAAGCCCAAUAGCUUUAAAUUUCGGAGAUCGGAGUGAAACGCUCCGUGGCUGAAAUAAACGAUAUAGCCGUUAAAGAUAGAAAAAGCCUUUUCCAUUUUCUAUCCAACGAAUCGCUUCUUUCAAUUCAAACUUCCCCCAAAUAGGAAAACCCUCUACUCCAAAUCUCUCUCUUUCUGCUCUGCUCUGCUCGGUUCUCUCUCUAGCAUUCACCUUCACCAGCUCUUGCUCGCUCGCUGUCAAGGUUCUUCCUCAUCUCUCUGUGCAAAAUCGCAUCCUGCAUCGCUUUUUGAUCCCGACGCCAUGGAAGAUCCGGUGAUGGAACUGCUCCCGGAGAGUUGCUGCGAUGGUGCUGGCUCUGUACACUUCCAGCCGGAGCCUUCUUCUUUGUCGUUUUCUUCCUCAGAUCGAACUCCAGCUGCUGAAACGAGGGAAGGAGUUGUUCUGGAGCCAAUUGAGGAAGCCACCAGUUCGAUGGAGGAAGGUAGCUUUUCAAGUGGGAAUAAAGAGGUUUCUUCAUGUCAGGAGCCUACACUGCCCUUAGUUCAGAAAAUUACCAAUUUGAGCACUAAAAUUCAGAACUUGAAGAAUGAGCAUGCAGUUCUCUCAGAUCAAGUCAAAAACAUCUCAACGGAUUUCUUUGCCCAGCCUGAACUUGUGGGAGCUCUUCAACUUCUUGGUAAAGAGCAUGAACAUCUAAAGAAGAAGUUUGUGCAACAGCAAGCUGAGAGGAAGAGGCUUUACAAUGAAGUGAUUGAGCUUAAAGGAAACAUCCGGGUAUUCUGCAGGUGUAGACCACUUAACCAAGCUGAGGUUGAGAAAGGUUGCAAUGAUGUGGCUGAAUUCGACUCGUGCCAAGAUAAUGAGCUUCACAUUCUUUCUGCUGAUUCUUCAAAAAAACCAUUCAAGUUUGACCAUGUUUUCAGACCAGAUGAUAACCAAGAGGUUGUAUUCGCCGAAACCAAACCCAUUGUGACUUCAGUGUUGGAUGGCUAUAAUGUCUGCAUCUUUGCCUAUGGACAAACUGGAACCGGGAAGACAUUCACUAUGGAGGGCACACCUGAAAACAGAGGAGUGAACUAUCUGACUCUGGAAGAGCUCUUUCGUGUUUCUGAAGAACGAAGGGGAUUUAUGAAAUACGAGUUAUUUGUCAGCAUGUUGGAGGUUUACAAUGAGAAGUUGAGGGACCUUCUAGUGUUGAAUCCGAGCGAGACUUCAAAAAGGUUGGAGAUAAAGCAAGCUGCUGAUGGAACUCAAGAAGUGCCUGGGCUCGUUGAAUCUCAUGUGUCUAGCACAGAUGAAGUAUGGAAGAUACUUCAGUCUGGGAACUGCAUAAGAUCCGUUGGUUCCACGAGCGCCAAUGAACAAAGCAGUCGUUCUCACUGCUUAUUACGAGUGACAGUGAAAGGGGAGAGUUUAAUCGAUGGGCAGAAGACAAGGAGCCACCUCUGGCUUGUGGACUUGGCUGGAAGUGAGCGUGUUGGGAAAAUUGAAGUAGAAGGCGAGAGGUUGAAGGAAUCCCAGUUCAUAAACAAGUCUCUCUCAGCCCUUGGUGACGUCAUUUCUGCUCUGGCUUCUAAAUCAAGCCACGUUCCUUACAGGAACUCAAAGCUUACUCACUUGCUGCAGAACUCUCUCGGAGAAGAUUGCAAGACCCUUAUGUUUGUCCAGAUAAGCCCUAGCUCGGCUGACUUGGGAGAGACCCUUUGCUCACUGAAUUUCGCCACACGUGUCAGGGGUGUCGAAACAGGUCCUGCCCGCAAACAUUCGGAUCACAAUGAGCUCUUGAAGUACAAGCAAAUGGUGGACAAGCUGAAGCAUGACGAGAAGGAAACAAAGAAGUUGAGAGACAAUAACCACGCUUUACAGCUGCGGCUCACUACCAAAGAAUCCAUGUGCAGGAGUCUUCAAGAAAAGGUACGGGAGCUCGAGAACCAGCUAGAGGAGGAAAGGAAGACUAGAAUCAAGCAGGAAAAUAGAGCUUUUGCUUCCAUGGCUUCUGCUCGGUCUUUGUUCUCAUCCAUAAGACCAACUUCAGCAGCAACAGAGAAUAGCUACAACAACAACAACAAUGGAGGAGAGAGAAAGCCUCCUCUGGCUCCUCCUCCUUCGAAGCUGAGGAUGCCACUGCGUGGAAUUACAAACUUACCUUCAACGGGUGGCAGGGGAGCCACCGCCACGUGGAAGAGAAAGGAGAACGUGGUGCCUACUAGACCCUCAGCCGUCACCAAAGCAAUCCCACCACCACCAACGGUAGCGGCAAACAACAGCAGACUGAAAGCUCGGCGUGGUUCCUUCGCAGUCCGACCUGCUCCUCCGCCAGCAGAAGUCCGUCUGCCGAAGCGACGAGUCUCCCUCGCCACGCUCAUCCCCGAACCAAGCAUGUCAUCAUCAUCAUCAACCAUGUCGACUCCUCUGAUGGCACAGCGGCGGCCUUCGUUCGUCAGGAAGAAGAGGUAUUCGAGGUUGUUCUCGCCAUUGCCGGAGGCUUCCGAGACGCCCGCGAGGACGGUGACGGAGACGCCUGCGAGGAUGAGUAGCAAAUUCAUGGGGAGCCCACCACCGCCUGGCUCGUGGAAACCGAAGCAUCCUACGGUGGUUGCGCUGCAGAGGAAGUCUCUGGUGUGGAGCCCUCUCAGGUUACGAGGUGCGAAGAAUAACGGUGGUGGCGCCGUCCGGCGGCCUUCUCUUGUCGCUGCUGUGAGGAACCAAUUUUAACCUGAAACUUGGAUCAAAAUGGGUCUUGGGAUGAAUGUGUUGUUGUUUCUGUGAUUUAACCUCUUACAUUUCUGUAAUCAUCCUUUACUUAAGGAUAGUUGUUAGAAAUUGGCCUGAUUGAUGAUCUUCUGUAAGAUGCAUAGUGAAUGAAUUAUGAAUAGCUUCCCCGUUCUCCUCUUGUAUGUUCAACUUAAUCGGAACUGAGCCUUCUAGUUUAAUUCUACUUGAA